CGGACAUAUUUGAGCGGAUCGGGAGCGCAGCGCAGCGGCCCGCGCGUUCUAUCGCUCGCGUCAGCUGAUCACACGCGCGUUUAACGGACACACGACGCGGAGAUGCCUCGCGGAGCACGCGUCUAGUUCGACCGCACGACGUCCUUCGGCCCCGCGCUGGAGUCCUCGCGCGAAAUGGAGGUGCAGAGCGUCAGCAGCGAGGUGAAUGGACAUCAGAUGAUGGAUGAGCCGAUGGAGGAGGAGUCCUACACACACUGUGACGAGGGCGCUUAUAAAGAGAUUCCCAUCACUCAUCAUGUGAAGGAGGGCUGUGAGAAGGCCGAGCCCAGCCAGUUUGAGCUGCUCAAGGUUUUGGGACAAGGCUCCUUUGGGAAGGUGUUUUUGGUGCGGAAGUUGAUGGGUCCGGAUGCCGGUCAGCUUUAUGCAAUGAAGGUGCUCAAAAAGGCAUCUUUAAAAGUGAGGGACAGAGUUCGCACUAAGAUGGAGAGAGAUAUUCUGGUGGAGGUCAAUCAUCCUUUCAUUGUGAAGUUGCACUAUGCCUUUCAGACAGAAGGGAAACUCUAUUUAAUUUUGGAUUUUCUCAGGGGUGGGGAUGUAUUUACUCGUUUAUCCAAAGAGGUUAUGUUUACAGAGGAGGGUGUGAAAUUCUACCUUGCAGAGCUGGCCCUUGCAUUGGAUCAUCUACACAACCUAGGCAUUGUUUACAGAGACCUGAAGCCUGAAAACAUUUUGCUUGAUGAAGCUGGACAUAUCAAGUUAACAGACUUUGGGCUCAGUAAAGAAUCGGUAGAUCAGGACAAAAAAGCGUACUCAUUCUGUGGCACUGUGGAGUAUAUGUCCCCUGAGGUGGUCAACCGGAGAGGUCACACGCAGAGCGCUGACUGGUGGUCUCUCGGCGUCUUAAUGUUUGAAAUGCUGACCGGCACGUUACCGUUCCAAGGAAAAGACAGGAACGAGACUAUGAACAUGAUUCUUAAAGCAAAGCUGGGAAUGCCACAGUUUCUAAGUCUGGAAGCACAAAGUCUUUUACGAAUGCUCUUCAAAAGAAAUCCAACGAACCGUUUAGGAGCGGGUCCUGACGGCGUGGAGGAAAUCAAACGACACGCGUUCUUCUCCACCAUCGACUGGAAUAAACUGUACCGAAGAGAACUUCAGCCUCCAUUCAAACCUGCUACAGGGAGACCAGACGACACCUUCUGCUUCGACCCAGAAUUCACAGCCAAAACUCCCAAAGAUUCUCCAGGCAUUCCCCCCAGUGCAAACGCUCACCAGCUCUUCAAAGGCUUCAGUUUUGUAGCUCCAGUCUCUCUGGAGGACAGCAGAAGUGCCCCGCUAGUCAACAUUCUCCCCAUAGUGCAGAUGCACGGAGGCUCGGCUCAGUUUGUAGAUGUGUACGAGCUGAAGGAGGACAUCGGUGUGGGUUCCUACUCCAUAUGCAAGCGCUGCAUACACAGGGUCACCGCCAUGGAGUUUGCUGUGAAGAUCAUUGACAAGAGCAAGCGCGACCCGUCGGAGGAGAUCGAGAUCCUGAUGCGGUACGGCCAGCAUCCCAACAUCAUAACGCUGAAGGACGUGUACGACGAGGGCCGCUUCGUGUAUCUGGUGACGGAGCUGAUGAAGGGCGGCGAGCUGCUGGAUAAGAUCCUCAGACAGAAGUUCUUCUCGGAGCGAGAGGCCAGCGCUGUGCUCUACACCAUCACCAAAACUGUGGACUACCUGCACUGCCAGGGGGUGGUGCACAGGGACCUGAAGCCCAGCAACAUCCUCUACAUGGACGAUUCAGGGAACCCCGACUCCAUUCGCAUCUGUGACUUCGGUUUCGCCAAGCAGCUGCGAGGAGACAACGGGCUGCUGCUCACUCCCUGCUACACGGCUAACUUCGUGGCUCCUGAGGUGCUGAUGCGGCAGGGCUACGACGCCGCCUGCGACAUCUGGAGUCUGGGAGUCCUGCUCUACACCAUGCUGGCGGGGUACACACCGUUCGCCAACGGCCCCAACGACACGCCGGAGGAGAUCCUGCUGCGCAUCGGCAGCGGGAAGUUCUCCCUGAGCGGAGGAAACUGGGACUCGGUGUCCGACUCCUCGAAGGAUCUGCUGUCACAUAUGCUGCAUGUGGACCCUCACCAGAGAUACUCGGCUGAACAAGUGCUCAAACACUCGUGGAUCGCCCUCCGCGACCAGAACCCACACUUCCAGCUCACGCGCCACGAGGCGCCUCAUCUGGUCAAGGGAGCGAUGGCCGCCACAUACUCUGCUCUGAACCACAAGACGUGUAAGCCGGUUCUGGAGCCGGUGGCUGCCUCCAGUCUGGCCCAGCGCAGGAACAUGAAGAAGCUGACGUCUACAGACAUGUCCUGAGGAGCUCGGCGUACUCUUCAGGAGUGCCCUUCUGCUUCUCUCUGGUAGAGGGAAGAACACCAGCUCCAUCUCUCAUCCCGUGUUAGCGAGCCGCUCUUGCCCUCCACAACCAGAUCUCCUGAAGAAAUCUCCACAUCAUAUAGAGCCUGUUUGUAGGACCAUUAAGAACAAGCCCUUUUCUCACAGAUUUCCUAUUAAUAUCAGGAUUUAUCUUGGCUCAAUUCUCCAGUGUGUGCUACAGGAAAUACAACCUUCUUCUGAAUACUUCACAGGUGAAAUGAUGUCUAGUUUUCCCACUUUAAAGGAUUAGUUCACUUCCAGAAUACAAAUUUCCUGAUCAUUUACUCAGCCCCAU